UUAUUUGUCGAUUAAAUGCAAAACUAAUAACCAUUUAAAGGGAAACGAGAAAAAUGUUACGAAAUGUGAGCCAAAGUGUGUCAAAGUUGUUGGGAAGUCAUUCAAGACACGGCUGCGCGGCCAAGACAACUGAUCCAACGCUUCAACACUUAUGUAAACAAAUUGGUUGCCAUCGACUGUACUCUUCAGUGAGUAAUUCACAUGAAAUCCCGGAUAACAUCGCUUACGUCGAAGAGGCAUCUGAUCCGUCAUUCUUUCAUAUGGUUGAGUACUUCUACCACAAGGGAUGGCAAGUGGUUGAAGACAAACUCGUCGAAGAGCUUAAAGGCAAACAAAGCGCCGAAGAGAAGCGCAAGAAAGUGAGAGGAUAUCUGUCGAUAUUAGGUCCGUGUCACGCCGUCCUCGAAGUCUCCUAUCCUAUCAAACGAGAUAACGGCGACUAUGUUAUGAUCAACGGCUGGAGAGCACAGCACAGUCACCAUCGGGUGCCCUGUAAAGGAGGCAUUCGUUUCAGUCCUGAUGUCUGUUUGGAUGAAGUGAAGGCUUUGUCAGCUCUGAUGACAUUCAAGUGUGCUGUAGUGGACGUGCCUUUCGGUGGCGCCAAAGCCGGCCUUAAGAUAAACCCCAAAGACUUUAGUGAUCAAGAGUUGGAGAAAAUCACCCGUAAUUUCGCGCUUCAACUGUCGAAGAAGGGCUUCUUAGGGCCGGGCAUUGAUGUGCCGGCGCCUGAUAUGGGGACCGGAGAGCGGGAAAUGAGUUGGAUUGCAGACACGUAUUCGCAGACCAUAGGGUAUACAGAUAUGAACGCUCACGCGUGUGUGACCGGCAAACCCAUAAAUCAGGGCGGAAUCCACGGCCGCAUCUCCGCCACCGGAAGAGGAGUUUUUCACGGAAUCGACAACUUUAUAAACGAGGCCUCAUAUAUGUCACUGAUUGGCGACACUCCCGGUUGGGGUGGGAAGACGUUUAUCAUUCAAGGCUUUGGUAACGUUGGCCUUCACUCCAUGCGAUACCUAAACAGAGCGGGCGCUCGAUGUAUAGGAAUCCAGGAAAGGGACGGAAGUAUUUUCAAUCAGAACGGAAUCGAUCCCAAAGAGCUCGAGGACUGGAAGAUGAAUAACGGAACUGUUGUCGGUUUCCCUAACGCCGCGCCCUAUGAGGGCCCGCAGGAGGCACUCAUGUACGAGAAGUGCGAUGUUCUCGUGCCCGCAGCCAUCGAAAAGGUUAUCACCAAAGAUAACGCCCAUAAACUUCAGUGCAAAAUAAUAGCAGAGGCGGCCAACGGCCCGAUCACACCCGCCGCUGAUAAGAUACUCAUUGAUAGGAAUAUAUUAGUUAUACCCGAUCUGUAUAUCAACGCCGGCGGAGUCACCGUAUCCUACUUUGAAUGGCUUAAAAAUCUAAAUCAUGUCAGUUAUGGCCGAUUGCUGUUCAAAUACGAGCGCGACUCUAAUUAUCACUUAUUGGAGAGCGUUCAGGAAUCUCUUGAGAGGCGUUUUGGCAAAGCUGGCGGUCGUAUACCUAUAAUCCCGAGCGAAUCAUUUCAGAAAAAAAUAUCCGGUGCUUCUGAAAAAGAUAUCGUCCACUCGGGUCUCGACUAUACUAUGGAACGGUCGGCGCGGGCAAUAAUGAGAACUGCAAUGAAGUAUAAUUUAGGCCUCGAUUUACGUAGUCGACGAAUACACUUGAGUUAA